UCCCCACUCCGCUGCUACUGCUGCUGCUGCUGCUGCUGCUGCCGCCCGUCGCCACCGUCGCCCGAGGAGGAUCGGGGCCGGGCCGGGCCGGGAUGGUUGGGGUCGGGAGGCCGCCGCCGCCGCGGGAGAGAGUGGGCCGCCCAGCGCCGCACUGAGCUGCCCCCGCCCCGCCCCGGCCCCGGGGGAUGCGCCGCCCCGUGCCGCUGUCUUCACCGCCGCAGCCGCAGCCGCAGCCGCAGCGGACACCGAGCAGGUAGAUGGCCCCCCAAGGGCAGGCCCUGCGGACACCCCUCCCUCCGGCUGGCGGAUGCAGUGCCUAGCGGCUGCUCUUAAGGACGAAACCAACAUGAGUGGGGGAGGGGAGCAGGCCGACAUCCUGCCGGCCAACUACGUGGUCAAAGAUCGCUGGAAGGUGCUGAAAAAGAUCGGGGGUGGGGGCUUUGGUGAGAUCUACGAGGCCAUGGAUCUGCUGACAAGGGAGAAUGUGGCCCUCAAGGUGGAAUCAGCCCAGCAGCCUAAGCAGGUUCUCAAGAUGGAGGUGGCUGUGCUCAAAAAGCUUCAAGGGAAGGACCACGUGUGCAGGUUCAUUGGCUGUGGCCGGAACGAGAAGUUUAACUACGUGGUGAUGCAGCUGCAGGGUCGGAACCUGGCUGACCUGCGCCGCAGCCAGCCGAGGGGUACGUUCACGCUAAGCACUACACUGCGGCUGGGCAAGCAGAUCCUCGAGUCCAUCGAAGCCAUUCACUCCGUGGGCUUCCUGCACCGGGACAUCAAGCCGUCCAACUUUGCCAUGGGCCGGCUGCCUUCCACCUACAGAAAGUGCUACAUGUUGGACUUUGGGCUGGCCCGGCAGUACACUAACACUACAGGGGACGUCCGGCCCCCUCGGAAUGUGGCCGGGUUCCGGGGGACUGUUCGCUAUGCCUCGGUCAAUGCCCACAAGAACCGGGAGAUGGGCCGCCACGAUGACCUGUGGUCCCUCUUCUACAUGUUGGUGGAGUUUGCAGUGGGCCAGCUACCUUGGAGGAAGAUCAAGGACAAGGAGCAGGUGGGGAUGAUCAAGGAGAAAUACGAACACCGGAUGCUGCUGAAGCACAUGCCCUCGGAGUUCCAUCUCUUUCUGGACCACAUCGCCAGCCUUGACUACUUCACCAAGCCUGAUUACCAGUUGAUCAUGUCGGUGUUUGAGAAUAGCAUGAAGGAACGGGGCAUUGCUGAGAAUGAGGCCUUUGACUGGGAGAAGGCAGGCACUGAUACCCUCCUGUCCACAAGCACCUCCACCCCACCCCAGCAGAACACCCGGCAGACAGCAGCCAUGUUCGGAGUGGUCAACGUGACUCCAGUACCAGGGGACCUGCUUCGCGAGAACACUGAGGACGUGCUCCAGGGCGAGCACCUGAGUGACCAGGAGAAUGCACCCCCGAUCCUGCCUGGGAGGCUGCCAGAGGGCUUGGGCCCUGGUCCCCACCUUGUCCCCCACACUGGGGGUCCUGAGGCUGAAGUGUGGGAGGAGACAGAUGUCAACCGCAACAAACUGCGCAUCAACAUUGGCAAAACCCCCUGUGUGGAGGAAGAGCAGAGUCGAGGAGUAGGGGUCCCCAGUUCCCCAGUGCGUGCCCCCCCAGACUCCCCAACAACCCCAGUACGGUCUCUACGCUACAGGAGGGUCAACAGCCCAGAGUCAGAGAGACUAUCUACAGCAGCUGAUGGGCGGGCAGACCUGCAUGAGAGGAGGUCACGGAUGGAUUUGCCUGGCUCACCCUCACGACAGGCCUGCUCCUCACAGCCAGCUCAGAUGUUGUCAGUGGACACAGGCCAUGCGGACAGGCAGGCCAGCGGCCGCAUGGACGUGUCAGCCUCUGUGGAGCAGGAGGCCCUGAGCAACGCCUUCCGCUCGGUGCCACUGGCUGAGGAGGAAGACUUUGACAGCAAGGAAUGGGUUAUUAUUGACAAAGAGACAGAGCUCAAGGACUUCCCUCCUGGGGCCGAGCCAAGCACGUCAGGUACCACGGAUGAGGAGCCCGAGGAGCUGCGGCCUUUGCCUGAGGAGGGUGAGGAAAGGAGACGCCUGGGGACAGAGCCCACUGUCAGGCCCCGAGGACGUGGCAUGCAGACGCUGGCAGAGGAGGACCUGCGGCAGGUGCUGCCCCAGCCUGCACCACCUCAGCUGAGCCAGGCUGAUGGCCGGUCAGAGACAUCCCAGCCACCCACGCCUGGCAGCCUUUCCCACUCUCCCCUGCACUCGGGACCCCGCCCUCGACGGAGAGAGUCGGACCCCACGGGCCCUCAGAGACAGGUGUUCUCUGUGGCGCCCCCACUUGAGGUGAAUGGACUCCCCCGAGCUGCACCUCUGGGUUUGCCCUACCAGGACUUCAAGAGAGACCUCUCUGAUUAUCGAGAACGGGCACGGCUGCUGAACAGGGUCCGGAGGGUGGGCUUCUCCCACAUGCUGCUUACCGCUCCACAAGUCCCCUUGGCUCCCUUUCAGCCUCAGGCCAAUGGAAAGGAGGGAGAAGAAGAUGAGGAGGAAGAAGAAGAGGAGGAAGAAGAAGACGAAGAAGAAGAAGAGGAGGAAGAGGAGGAAGAUGAAGAGGAGGAGGAGGAGGCAGGGGCCCUGGGGGAGGUGCUGGGGCCUCGGAGUGGUUCUAGCAGUGAGGCCAGCGAGCGGAGCACUGAACGGAGCCAGGAGGGGGCCCCAUCCACACUGCUGGCUGAUGAUCAGAAAGAGGCCAGGGGCCGGUCCGUGGCUGAUGGGGACCUGGAGCCUGAGGAGGGCUCCAAAACGCUGGUGCUUGUCUCCCCUGGCGACAUGAAGAAGUCGCCAGUCACUGCCGAACUGGCCCCUGACCCUGAUCUGGGCACCUUGGCCGCGCUCACCCCUCAGCAGGAGCAGCCCCAGCCUACCGGAAGUCAGCUGGAUGUAUCGGAGCCGGGCACCCUGUCAUCCAUCCUCAAGUCUGAACCCAAGCCCUCAGGACCUGGAGCAGGGCUUGGGCCAGUGGCCACUGGUGGGGCAGUGGCCGUCACCUCCUCACCCUUCACCAAAGUCGAGAGGACCUUUGUUCACAUUGCGGAGAAAUCCCACCUCAAUGUCAUGUCUUCCGGAGGGCAGGCCUCCAGGCCAGACGAGUUCAGCACUGGGGGUGAGCUGGGCCUGGAGAUGCUCUCUGAGGGGGGCACUGCAGAGGAGGGGGCCCCAGUGCCUCUGGAGAAUGGCCUGGCUUCGUCAGGGCUGGAUGGAACUGAGACAGAGGGUUGUGUCCUGUCUGGCUUUCCGGGGGAAACGCCCUCAGAAGUAGUCACAGACUCGUUGCCCAAUGGCGCAGCCCUUGCUGAGGGGCCAGCUCCAGUAUCCCCACUGGAGCCAGUCACCAAGAAAGGGACCACUGUCUCCCCCAGCCGCCAUGCUAUGCCAGGUUCUCGCCCCAGGAGCCGCAUUCCUGUCUUGUUGUCUGAAGAGGACACAGGCUCAGAGCCUUCCGGCUCCCUGUCGGCCAAAGAGCGGUGGAGCAAGAGGGCCAGGCCCCAGCAGGACCUGGCACGGCUGGUGAUGGAGAAGAGGCAGGGUCGCCUGUUGCUGAGGCUGGCCUCAGGAGCCUCGUCCUCCUCUAGCGAGGAGCAGCGCCGUGCCUCUGAGACACUCUCUGGCACCGGCUCUGAGGAGGAUACACCUGCCUCAGAGCCCACGGCAGCCUUGCCUAGGAAGGCUGGGCGGGCAGUGACCACCCGGAGCCGGAUUCCACGCCCCAUCGGUGUGCCCACGCCUGUGGAAGGGCAGCAGCUUCCUGGCAGACCCCAUGGUGCGGCCUCAGCGGCUGACGUGGCCAUUACCAGCAGCAGGCUCCAGCUACAGAAGCCCUCAGGGUCGGCCACUGCUGCUGACCUCCGUCCCAAACACUCCGCGAGCCGGGGUCCCGGCCCAGUUCGCGCCCAAGUCUCCAAGCCUGCAGCGCCCCGCAGUCCCGGCCUCCCGGCCUCCACCUCGCGCCACCCCAGCGGGUCCCCGCGGAGCCAGUCCCUGCCCCGCAAAGAGAGCUCCUCUCCGUCGCAUCAAGCCCGGCCCAGCGCCCCUCCCUCUCGGGGGGUCCUCCAGGCCAGAUCUCAGCCCGAGGCCUCCCCAGGGGCCCCCAAGAAAGGACCCAGAGGGAAACAACUGCAGACUCAGCGCGCAACAACCAAAGGCCGGGCGGCAGUCUCGGAGGGUCGGCCCGGGAACAGAUAAUGACACCGGCCUGCGGCUCUCUGCGGCGCCCCCUACCCUCACCCCGGUCCCCACCCGCAGCUGGCCACACUGGAGCAGCUUCCAGCACAGCCUUACGCGCCCGCGCGCCACCGCGGCCCCAGCUUCCCGCCUGCACUCGCCAGGACGCACGUGAGCACGCGUCGCGCCCUGCAGCCCAGCCAGCCCACUGACCCCGGAGGGUGCGUGUCUCGGUUCGUCUCUCUGCGUCCUCCCUCCCUCCUACCACCCCACUGCAGGGACAGGCUCACAGCAGAUCCUCUGCCCCGGGAAGGCUCAGCACUUAUCGCCUGAAGACUCAGCCUUUAGGGCCUGUCCCCUUCUCUCACCAGGUCUUGGCUGAUCUCUAUGCCCCCCACCCAAGGGGCUUACAUCUGCUUACACCUCUUGCGGCCCACCUUGUUCUCAUCCCCAUCUUCUGCCUCCAACUUUACCCAACAGGAGAAACAGCCUCAAAUUCCAGAAGUGUGCGGUCUCUGGACGGCCCACAGUCUCCUAGGAGCCAUAGUGGCCAUGAAAGGCCAAGCUGGGAUUGGGAAAGUGGAAGUCAGAGGUCGUUGGCUUAUUUAGGUUUAAGGGGACACCUCUAGUCUGGCUAAAGUCAGCUCUAUGAGAGGCAGGUCGUAUGAUUCUCAAGAGGGGUUCCUGCCUGGGUCUCCCGACCUUUGCUGAAUAGGAAUGAAUGGGACCUCUGGAAGUUUGCCUCCCUGUGAGUGUUUCCCAGUGGGAGUUUGGAACGGAGCUUUGUGGUUACACGUUCUCGGGUCCUCUGGUUCUCAGGACCCCUUGCCAUCAGGAAUCCCUUCCUCUGUCUGACCUCAGCUUCAGUCAGCUUUCCUCUCAGAAUCCCACGCAGGUGGGGUGGCUGCUUAUUGCCUUCCGUGUGUUGGUCAUCUGAAGAUUCAGGGACUCUGUCUGGUCACCCUGCCAUCUCUGUUGUGGGCAGUGGGCUGGCUCAGGUGUCCUCCCCCUACACAGCAGAGGAAGCAGGGUGAGGCAGACUGUUUCCCGGAGGUAGAAGGCCCUUCUCACUUUAGAUUGUGUGUGAUGCUAACUGGUGCCCACCCCCACCCCACCCCAGUUCACCCUGGGCCCCUCUUGCUCUGAGCCAGCCCACACAGCUGAGCUGCUCUGAGCCUGACAUGGGGCCUCCUCCUGCAUGUUGGCUUCUGCACAGCUCGCCCGCCCACCUCAUCAGGAGCCUGCUAACAUCUGGGGCAAGCAGCACCCUGGCUGCAGAAGGGACAGGCAGCCCCUCCUGUCUGGGACAGGGACUGCCUGCAGGCCUCCUGUAAAGCACCCACAGCCUCUAUCCCCUGUUCUGGUCCUCCUGUCCUUCCCUGAGCCACAGAGAGCAAACCAAGACAUUCAGGAGAAAGAGAGGCCUCAGAGGACCAGCGGUCUGGCCACGUCUACACCCAAGAUGACCGACUGGGAGCUGCUUGGUGCCAGCUGAACUCGUCAUGGAGUUCUGAGGGUCUGGGCAGUUGCUUCUGUGCCAAGAAGGCUGCUCUGCAGACCAGUCUGGGGAGGACACCAGGGUGGACAGUCUUUGUGGUCUAUCCUACGCUGAUGUAGAAGCUCCCAGAACACUCAGGAAACCUCUCUGGAUUCAGUUAUCUUUGUCACCCUGAGGCCCCCUCUAGUCACCCUCUAGCCCAGCAGAGGAGUAGAGGGUUCACUUCCUCCUACCCAGGGCUUUUAUGAAUGACAAUCAGCUCAUGCCAGGUGGGGACCAGGGCAUGACUCUUGGUGCCCAGGUCCUAGGCCUGCUCCUUGCCACCAACCGAACCGUGAAUGUAGGGUUCCCCAUAGUCUCACUUCUGCUGGAGGGCCGAUAACACCCUGGUUUGGAGAUGGGAGGAAAGGGAGGCCUGAGAAAGCCCCAGGCUCACCCCACCCCCAGCUUCACCCAGCGCUCAAGCUGGCACAGAGGCAAAAUCCAGUCUACCCUUGGGAUUCCAGACCCCCACAGGGCUCCACCCAACCUCAGGCCUCCAGUCUACCCUUGGGAUUCCAGACCCCCACAGGGCUCCACCCAACCUCAGGCCUCUGAGUCAAUAGUAUCAUCAGAUGAGGAGGAAGGAGGGACAGAGGACCAGCAGAGGUGGGUGGUGAGGGGACUAAGUGCUUCUUCUCCCAGGAAGGAACCAGGGCAGAGGAAGUCAAUGUCCUGCCCCCAGCUGAAGCCUGUUCUUUGAGAAUCAUCCAUCCCCUGCAGUAGGCCCUUCAGGUUCCUACCCCUCCUCUCUGAUAGUGUCAAGCAACCACCACCAUCCCUUAUGUCCCCAUCCUGACUGCUUAAGUCACUGGCUCAGAUGUGGGGUGUACUCACCUUAAUGCGCCUUCCCUCCCCAGUCGCACCAUGUGCAGAGGGGUAUAGAAGGGCCCUGCCCCAGGCACAUGGCUCUCUGGCUUCCCAGCUCCUCCUGAGGGGCCUGGCUUACUCAGUUUCCUGAGCCCCUUGUGCAUAUGUUGGGGCACAGGGAGUUGCCCUCCCCCUCCCUGGGAAGCAACAGAAGAAUGUUUACAUGCCAAACAGAAUGUACCAGUCCUUGGCCACCCCUGCCAGUCACUGCAUGGCUUCCACCCACCCUGUGCCCGCCCACUCCCCUGACAUCAACGCCUUGGAAGUCGCUGUCAUAACUAGGUAGGAGUCUCGAAAGGGAAGUAGCCAUUACACCAUUAAAAAGCCUGUGGACCUUUUUGUUGGCCUGGACUCUUUUUCCCUUUAUGGAGGGCAGGGCAAAGCCCAGCCCCUGAGGGCGGGGGUGGGCAGGAGAGAAAUUGUCAGGUGGUGUCAAGUGGGCAGAGAUGUCAUCUCCACAGAGAAGGAAAUGGAAGUGUAGGUCUGGUAUAGAUAAUUUGUUCAGGGUCUCACAGAAGGAAGAGCUAUCCUGGCAAAGCUUGCACUCGGCUCCUCGACUGUCUUUGCUGAAGGCUGUAGACUCCAUUUGGGCUGGCACAGAGAGAAGAAAGAAGCAAAACUAUCAUUGUCCUAGAAGAAGCAGAUAGAAGUGAGCUUCUGGAGAGGCAGAAGGCGUAGCGGCUCACAGGCAACAAACGCCAUAGCAAAACCCGCCCUGACCAAUGCCUGUGACUCGGCCUCUGCCUGUCUGCAAGUUUAUCCUACAGGUACACGCAUCCAAAGUCACCCGCUGUGUCUGCAGAGCCUUGUCUACGCAUCUGAAAUUCAAGAAGAGAAAACAGUGGGGGUUUGCCUCGGGUGGUGCGUGCUCACUUGGCAUCAACGCCCAACGGAGACUCCAGGCAUGGUGGCCUCAGGCCUGUAAUCCUAGUAGCCACAGGACCUAAAGCAGGGGGAUUUUUUGAAAGUUCAAGGUCAGCCUUGACCACACAGUAAGUUCAAGGCCAGCCUAGGCUAAAUGCAAGACUGUCUCAAAAAAAGAAAAAAGAAACCAAAAGCCAUGGCAAGCUGUUUAUAUUUAUUAAUUUCACUUAUACAUGUUUUCAGUGAAAAAAAAUUUUGAGACAAAGUCUUGCCAGGUAGCCCAGGCUGGCCUCAAUGUGCCAUCCUCCUGCUUCAACCUCCCAAGUGCUGGGAUCCCAGGUGAGUACCACUAUGCUUAGUUAGGUGGUGUUAUUAAUGUCUUUGAUUAUGAGACACUGCUCUUGACCCUAUUUAUAAUAUAUGGACUAUGCAUGGAACUGCUUUUCUUCCUUUAAAAAAAAGUAUUUCAUCUAUCUUUCUUCUGUGAUGGCAAUGGUUUUGGUAAGAGAUUGUGGACCAGAAAAAGAAAUGACUCGAAAAAUCUUAAUGGCUGUUGGUUGGGACUGUGGUAUAUGUGACAGGGACUCCACCGUGGGGUGUCAUGGGAUUCAAACUGAAGGAAGCAGCUCGUGUUCUUAUGGGCCAGUCCCACAGCUCAGAAAUGUGUGAGGCCAUGAGGCUCUUGGAACAGCAAGGCAGUUGGAUGCUGAGUGUCUCCAUCCCGACAGGAGAUGGGCUGAAGAGGGAGGUUUACAUGGGGAGAGAUAGGAAGUGUCCUUUUAUUCUGAAUCCUAAGUUCACCAUAAGUGAGUCUUUUUGCUUAGUGGACAAAAAACGGUUUCUCGCCAGGCCUGGCUCUGGGCCACACGGCUGGGAAGUGAGACCAUCCAGGUUAGAAAGCCCACUCUCCCUGGGGUGCUGCUCUUGGCUAUCCAGAACCUCAGCCUCCUGGGACCCCUUUCCUCUAACUUGAAUGCCAGUGGACUCUGGGGCCUUUGGCAGGGCCCGAUGUACUUUCUCUUUCCUUCUUGUUUAACAUGUCCGGAGCAGGACAUACUCGUAGUAAAUGCUAAAAGCAUAUCAAACACAGACAACCCUGUGCAUGACCCUGACCAGCCAGAGCCCUGAGAGCAGCUUGGUGUGGACCAUCACGACCUUUUCUUAUGUUUGUAACAAUACCUAUCUCUUUCUGUCCAUAUAUAUUUCUUAUAAAUA